AGAAGAGUCGGUCAGUCGGUCUGUGGGCGGGACUUCCUCACACGGAAACAACAGAAAUGCUAGUAGUGUCGUGAUUUAACGGUUUUAUUCUCUGAACUUUUCAACCACCAAACUGUAAACGCCAGCAGGCCAAUGGUGGCAGGUUCUGGACUUAUGGAACCCUCCACCAAACCUCUCAACAACCAGGUGGCUGAUGUGGUGUUUGUCAUCGAAGGGACGGCAAACCUUGGACCGUAUUUUGAAUCGCUACGAAAAAACUACAUACUUCCAGCUAUUGAGUACUUCAAUGGAGGACCUCCAGCAGAAACAGACUUUGGUGGCGAUUAUGGGGGGACUCAGUACGGCCUUGUGGUGUUCAACACUGUGGACUGUGCUCCAGAGUCGUACGUCCAGUGUCAUGCUCCAACCAGCUCCGCCUUCGAGUUCGUCUCAUGGAUCGACAGCAUCCAAUUCAUGGGAGGUGGAGCGGAGAGCUGCAGUCUGAUUGCAGAAGGUCUCUCGGUGGCUUUACAGCUCUUCGACGACUUUAAAAAGAUGAGGGAACAAAUAGGCCAGACGCACAAAGUGUGUGUUCUUCUGUGCAACUCACCGCCAUACCUGCUCCCGGCGGUGGAGAGUGUCACCUACACAGGCUGCACCGUCGACAACCUCGCCAAGCUCAUCAGAGACAGAGGGAUUCACUUCUCUGUGGUGGCUCCACGAAAGCUUCCCGCUCUCAGGGCGCUGUAUGAACGAGCCUCUCCAGUGGCAGGAAGUGUUGAGACGCAUCCAGACUACAGCCAGGAACCCUUCCACAUGGUGUUGGUGCGAGGGAUUUCGCUCCCUGUUUCUGCUGGCACUGGAAGUGGACCACUUAAACCCGUCCUCCCUCCUCAGCCGCUCUGUCCUCCCCCCACCAACACGGCUCACCCUUACCAGACUCAGCCCGCCAUGACUGCCGCUCAGGUGGCUGCACAGAUGGUGGUCGAGGCAGCAAGCAACCAGAAGAAUCGCUUCCCAGGAAUGUUGGUCCAGGGUCCCCAAUUCAGCAAUCAACCAAACAUGUCGUCUCUGCCCGGAGUGAAGAUCGGUCAGCCCAGCAUCUCCACGGUGACCACUGCCUCACAGCCACUGAUGUCACAGCAACAGGUCGCCCCCAACCAGCCGCAGCCAGGCCCACCCACUGGUCAAGCCCUACCCAGCCAACCGCAGCAGCAGCAGCAGCAGCAGCAGCAGCAGCAGCAGCUGCAGCAGCAGCAACAGGUCAACCAGCCGACAGCACAGGCGGCUCAGCCGAACAUGCAGGGAGUGCCGUCCGGCCAAGCCAACACCCCCCUGGGGCAGCAGCAGGGUAUGGCCAACAAGGUUGUGGCGUGGACCGGGGUCUUGGAGUGGCAGGAGAAGCCGAAAGCUGCCUCCAUGGAUUCCAACACCAAACUGACUCGCUCUCUGCCGUGCCAAGUCCACGUAAACCAGGGAGAAAACCUGAACACGGACCAGUGGCCUCAGAAGCUGAUCAUGCAGCUGAUUCCUCAGCAGCUCCUGACGACCUUGGGCCACCUCUUCAGAAACUCUCGCAUGGUUCAGUUCUUCUUCACCCAUAAAGACAUGGAGUCGCUCAACGGCUUGUACCGAAUAAUGGCCAACGGUUUCGCCGGCUGCGUCCACUUCCCCCACACCACCUCCCCCUGCGAGGUGCGGGUGCUGAUGCUGCUCUACUCCUCCAAGAAGAGAAUCUUUAUGGGGCUCAUCCCCAACGACCAGAGCGGCUUUGUCAACGGCAUCCGGCAAGUCAUCACCAACCACAAGCAGGUCCAGCAGCACCGAGUGCAGCUGGGCGGUGCAGGGGGUCCGAUGCAGCCAGGGCAAGUACAGCAGAACCCAAACUUUCUCACCAGGCCUGCUGGCCCCAUCCCUGUAUCCCAUGGCAACGUCCAGCAGCAGUCUGUGGUGGUGGGCAUGCCUCCUGUUAGUCAGGUCACUAUGAUGGAGGAGCAGCAGAGGCAGAACAGCAUGAUGACCAUGAGAACCGCUGGACCAAACAACCAGCAGCCGCCGGUCAGCGGAGCUCCGCCUAACCAGGUGGCUCAGAGCGGACAAGCCCCGCCUCAGGCGCCAAUCCUCCGCCUCUCUAACCCCGGCGCCAAUCCCCAGCUGCGCAGCCUUCUGCUCAGCCAGCAGCCGCAGGGCGGCGUGUCACACAUGCAGGGCAUGAUGCCCCAUCAGGGUCUGGGUCAGCAGAUGGUCCACUCAGCCCCAGGAGGGGGCGCUCAGAUGCAGCCGCAGUGGAGGCAACAAAUGCCAGGCCAAAUGAUGAUGUCACAGGGUCAGCGAGGGGCUGUGCCCCAGCCUGGGAUGCCUCAAGUGUCCAGUGUCAUGGAUGAAGAAAUGCUCAUGGACCUGAUGUGAUGCAGCAGUGGCGCCGUUCGGACGACGUGAGCGGCAGGAGCUGGUCAUGUGAUCGUCUGAAUCCCCUUCAUCUUUUUAAAAUAAAAUUUAACAUAGACCUCUUUUGUUUUUCUUUCUCUGGGUUUUUAUCGUUUGAGCUGGCGUGUGAAAUAAAGGCUCCAGCACUGUUUUCUUUCCAGCUUCAUUUGAAACCCCUCUAAUGAUGAUUGUGUUCUUAUUUUGGAGGCGCUAGCCUCUGCUGUCAGGCCAGUCCUCUCUCUGAUGGUGUUGCUGAGCAGAUCCUCUCCUGCCUCAGCUCCUCGCUCUGCUCCUCCUGAAGCCGUCUACACAAGCUGUCAGGUAGCACGUAGCCCUUCGUUGCAGAAGAAGUGUCAAGGGUUUCAUGUCAGUCACAUGUGCACCUGCAAACAGGGAGAUUGGACAAGAAGAUCUGCUGUCCAAGCUAGUAGCCACUGUUGUCCUCCUGAGACCCAUGGUCAUUGACUUAUGUAGGCAAGAGACAGUUGAUGUGGAAGAGGGUGUUAAUUAAUGGGUGGAUAUCAAUGUUGCCGUGGGGCAGCAACUCUCCUCUCCUCUCAACAGAUGAAACUAGAGAUAGACCUGAACAAAUCUUUGUCCUUGUCCACACUUUUUGCCACGCAACUGCAGCAUCAAAUGUUCAGUACAAAUCAGAACAUCUCCCUCCGUCUUAUCAGCAGUGAUUCGCGAGCCUGAAGUGAAAGUAGAAUAAUGCCACUUGUGUUUAUUAAUCAUGAGUGAUUUCUUUUGUAGAAGUGGGUCACAAAAUGGCUGAUUGUGUAAAACUAAACAUUCCCUUCCUCUCUUCCGUCAAACGGAUCGUCUUGCCAGGAGGCUGCUGGCACCACUGACCCGUCUCUCCGGAUGAAAUUUGUUUCCUCGUAGGAACGAACGUGAUGCUUCUCACCGCAUUCCACUGAUGGUCACCUGCAGGUCUCGGCAGUUCUGGACCUUUUAGGUGCGUGAACGUCUGAAAUAGCGACGGUGCUCGGUAGUUGUGCGUCUUUCCCUGCCAAAUAGUGUCAGUGUGUUAAUUUUAACUACUCCAAUAUGUCGCAGAGCCACAGAGCGCCCCCGUGUGCCAAGUAGAUCUACCAGAUGGCUUCACUUGGCACUGGCUCUGCUGGCAGGACCCACAAUCAGGCUGACACACAAGGCUCGCUGUGGAAGGAACUUUAUUUACUUUUUAUAAAUGCAUGACAUUGUCACUAAAAUGUUGGGGCUUAAUAGUUUAGCCUCUGUAGGGACUCUCAAUCACACAGUUAAUCCAGCGUCUGCAACCUUUGAGGAGCAAUACUGAGCAGAUCCUUCUUAGUGCUGUCGUAGCGUCAGCCAUCUGUAUUGACCAAGGUUUUUGGGCCCCACUUGGUCUGAAGCUGGUCGUAAACAAUGUGAAUAGAAAUGUAUAUUCUGUUGGUCUGAUGUGACAAAACCUGUUUGCCCGUAGCAAUCCAUUUAUCAGCCGAAUAUAUCAGGGUUCAGUCCAUGAGAAAAAAUAGUGGCUUAUAGUUCGGAAAUUACAGUAUUCUGUAAAGGCACAUGUGAAAAAACUUGAUGAAAUCACACACGCAGUCACCAAAUUUCAAGUUUAUUAAAGGCAGACAAUUGGUUUUUUUUUUUUUUUUUCCUGACAGUACCAGCAAGGCAACUUCUGCUAUCUGAUCCAUGGGGCAGAGAUGCGAGCUGCUCCUUGAAGAGUGUGUUAAAUAUUUGUACUUCUGUUGUGUUGUGUUUAAUGACUGUAAACAAUCUUGUGAGCCAUCUGACAGUUGCAUUUGAAUUUUGAAAUGUUGAAAAUUGUGAAAGUAUCUGUAGUCGGACACAAAAAUGGCGUGAAAAACAGAUUAGCUGAUACCUGCAGGAACCCUGGGAAGGCCUUGCAAAGUUAGACACACACACACACACACACAUCAGCAGGAAGUGAUGUCACACCAUGUCACCUGGGAGACGGAGGCGGUUGCUAAGAUACAGUGACAGUGGGCUCUUGUUUCUGAGUUUCACAUGGACAGACACACUGGUCCCUCAGAGGCGGGUUCAUCCCUCCAUCGCUGACCCGCCCUGAGCUCUGCUUCACCAGUCCGCCCCGCCGCUCCUCUCUUCUCCCUUUGAUACUUCUUUGCCUCUCUGAUAUCAGUCACAUCUGUGGAGAGCGCUGGCUGACUUCAUUUCAAUGAUGGCCUCAUGCUUUUAAAUCAUCUUUGUGGUUUAUAAACAAAAGUACGUGAGCGCCCCCAUCUGGUUCAGGUGAUUUGAAAGUGUACAGACAUUGUUGCACACUUGAUUCUUGACGUUAAUGUGUCAUUGUUGCAUCCAGGGAGGCUUCACAGUUGUGGUGAUGUGGACCAUGAUCGGCUGUGUCUAAGGCCCCCUUCUAGCCAGCCAGUCUUCUUGUGGUGUCCCUCAACUAGUCACCUUCCUCCACCUCCACUGGCCAACUUUAACCAGCACUGUUGGAGUUGUUGGAGGUUUUUCGAUCCCGUCUUCCCAGGUGACGUUGUCCGUCCACAGAACGUAAGCUGUUUCUCGUCCCCACCACUUCCUUCCUCGCUUCAUUACAAUCAGCUUGUCCUUUUUAUGUUGGUUUUGUACUGUAACUUAAUUUAGACUCGAAAAACACUUCGCCCACGCAUGAUGCAAUUCUUGCUACAAAUAUUUACAUAAUGUGCUUUUUUUUCCGGAGAGCCCACUGAAGGUGCUUUUUAAAAUGUUGCGGUGAAAUCCAAGCUGGAUAUUCAUGUUGGCACACAAAUGCACUGGGAAGCAGUUGAUCAGCUCAGGGGGAGUUGGUGAAAAUCAUGAAAUGCUGUUGCUGUCAAAUGAAGACGCCCUGAUAUCUCCUUUAAGUCGGUUAUUAGAUUAUGAUGUCAGAACCAGAGGUGAGGGCCCUCCGUCUUGCUUUCCUCCCACCGUUGUACGUGGAUGAGGAACACAAGACUGCUUCAGUGACUGUUUUAGACACUGAAACUUCCCUGCGAGCAGAACGUGUCAGAGUUUGGCGAUUGAAACGGCUGACUCACGCUGAGGUUCAGACAGACAGGGAAUCCAUUAAGAGCAGGAGAUCACGCUGGAUUGAUCACCUCCGUAUAUUCUGAUAUUUCCUUUUACUGCGCCCCAUAUAAAUUUAUGACCGUCUUUAAGAGGAAUGGGAUCAGGAUCAUCAGGUGCACUCGAGCCGUGACACAAGUCUUUCAUGCAGUUUUGACUGGAGCUCUGCCUACUGUUCCCGUCAUGCCCUCGUGCACGACGUAGUAGCCGUCACGCUUUGUAAGGUCAGUGGGUCUACAAGGGACCACAUUUCUCUGUAAUGUGGCAUGUAUCAGAAAACAAUACAGAGUGCAUUUAGCAAGAUUUGAAUGGCUAAUGGCUACAUUUCAGAAUGUUUUUAAGAGUUCCAACCAUGGUGAGCAAGGAUAAAGAACAAGACCUCGCCUGACUCCUGUUUGAAAUGUUGGAGUCCUCCUCUACAGGAUGCAGUAAGUCCCUCAACGUAAUGAUGUUCUGUUUUGACGUUUUUGCUUCAUAAAGUUCUCCCUGUCUAAAAUCUUGGUGAAUGAGACCUUACGACGGCAGAGUGGGUGCGGCUGGAGAGAACAAGACUUCAAUUUUCAAUGGGCGGGGCUUAUGCACGUUUUGUCAUGUAGACAUUUCGUAUUGAGCGUUUGGUGCAAUCAGGUCCAAAAAGUUUCAACCCUGGUCCCGUCAUUCUUGGGGUCACCCAAGUUUUCAAGAGGCACACUAGUCUAGCAAACUUGCUCUGGCUUUUAUUUGGAUUCAGUUGACCUAGUGAGACCUUGUGCCCAGAGGCCAACACAUCUGUAGUUGGCCCGGCUCGCGGUUCCAUGUGCGGAACAUUAAUCUUUCGUCUUUAUUCAUUUAUCGGCCUGUGGUGCCCACUCCAUCAGGCGGUUAAAGAGCGGAGCGGGGGA